GGUUCUAUCCCAACAGAGAGUAACAAACGCGCCAUCGGUAGGCAUGUGUAUACGUUCUGGAUCAUUUCGUCAGUCAUCGGUCAGAGUGUCAGACGAGAUGCACACCGACCUCCUUUGAAAGGAAGAAGGAUUACAUAGUAAUACUCAGUGCUGGCUAUAUAAUCCCGAACGCAACUGACUUUGUCGAUUUCAUCUUGACCGAUUGUGCAACGAAGCCCACGAUGUGAAGUCGAUAGAGUCACUGGACGUGUUUCUGCCAGAAAGAAAAGAGGGGAGAAAAGGACCGUGACACACAUUUCUGUGCGAAGGCUAACUGAUUCCACAACAACAACGAGCAAUACAAAGUUUUGUCUACGUUUCAAAAAGUGGCUUAACAAACAAAACAUCGUAGUACAGCAGUUUCGUUACAAACUCUACAACGGUUGGCUACCGACUUUCUUUGUGCAAAAGUGAAAUAGAGCGAGAAAGGCGGGGAGAAAUUGGAAAACGAAAUGAAAAGUAGUGCCUGACAUUUGGUUGGCUACUGAUUAUGAAAUUUGUUAAGGAAAGAAAAAAACAAAAACAGAAAAUAUCUGAUGCGUCUGCUGCUGCCUUCUGCCGGGAACUUCUGUUUAGCAUCACCCUUACUGGAGGUUGGAUUUUUACUGAGGCAUUCUCUACCUGAGAGACAGUUUAGUAUGCGAGCUCUCAAAAUGGCUGGUUAUUGGAUCUUUGUCUGAAGUUUCUCGAAUCUCGAUCUUCCUCGCCUGUUUGCAUGGGUAGCUCACGACAACUAUUGAGGGAAUGCUGGACAUGUAUGGUCAGCCACAGCUAACACAACCUCAGCCGGCCCACAGUUCUUUAUCACACCAGUACCUCCAUCAACAGCAGCAACAGAACGCCAACAAGAAGCUGAAGCUAGACCAUGCACUGCCCCAGCAACAUCAGGCAGUGGACCUCUGCAGUCUUUCCGUGCAGCAGCAACUGGGUCAAUCCGAUUCAGUCAGCCUCUAUGAAGUAUCAAGCACAACAGGCUGCACAAGCAGUACUGGUCCUAGUCGCGGCAGUCAUGGAGUGAAUCACGACCGUAUCCACACGACGACGGGCUAUGCCCUGGCCGUGGGUGGUAACGUAAUUGGAGGAAGGCGUCCUGUGGGUCACGAAAGUGUAGAUUGCAGUCAUAGCCCCGCAUCGUCAUCGUCUUUGGGCAAACAACAACAGCAACAGCAGCAACAACAACAACAGCAGCAGCAGCAGCAGAAUUACGUCCAUACUUCUGCCAUUAAGUUGCUCGAUACUUUUCAGUUCAAUCAGCAACAACAGCGGCAGGGAGGCGUGAAGCGCAAACACGAAACUGUAAACGAAGUACAGGGAACGGGUGCAGGAGCCAUGACUGCUUCUCACAAGCCAGCGCAAGGCCAUGGGCACGUCCAGGCAACAGUGGCUGCCGCGGCUCCUCAAGGUUCCUCGUCGGCUGACGGCGAUUACCAGCUGGUUCAGCACGAGGUCUUAUGUUCGCUCAGCAAUCAGUAUGAAGUCCUCGAGUUCCUUGGCCGUGGCACCUUCGGGCAGGUGGUGAAAUGCUGGAAGAAGGGUACCAACGAAGUGGUAGCCAUCAAAAUCUUGAAGAAUCACCCGUCUUAUGCCCGCCAGGGUCAAAUUGAGGUCAAUAUCCUGUCACGAUUGAGCCAGGAAAAUGCCGAUGAAUUCAAUUUCAUCAGAGCGCAUGAGUGUUUUCAGCACAAGAAUCAUACUUGUUUGGUCUUUGAAUUGUUGGAACAGAACCUUUACGAUUUCUUGAAGCAAAACAAGUUUAGUCCGUUGCCUUUAAAAUACAUUCGCCCCAUCAUGCAACAAGUUCUGACCGCCUUGCUAAAACUGAAGCAACUUGGCUUGAUUCACGCUGACCUGAAACCGGAGAACAUUAUGCUGGUGGACCCGGUGAGGCAGCCUUACCGAGUCAAGGUGAUCGAUUUCGGCUCGGCCUCGCAUGUUAGCAAGGCAAUUUGUAACACAUAUCUGCAGUCACGUUAUUACCGUGCACCCGAAAUCAUCUUGGGCCUUCCUUUUGGGGAGGCUAUCGAUAUGUGGUCACUGGGCUGCGUAGUGGCUGAGCUGUUUCUCGGUUGGCCUCUUUAUCCGGGCUCCUCCGAGUAUGAUCAAAUUCGAUACAUCAGCCAGACUCAGGGUCUACCAUCGGAGCGAAUGCUUAACUCGGCAACCAAGACGAUGAAGUUCUUCUAUCGCGAUAUGGAAUCCAGCUAUCCGUUCUGGCGUCUCAAAACGCCCGAAGAACACGAAGCCGAAACGGGCAUCAAGUCCAAAGAGGCUCGCAAGUACAUCUUUAACUGUCUAGAAGACAUCGGCCAGGUGAACGUGCCCACUGAGCUGGAAGGUGGCGAACUGUUAGCGGAGAAGGUAGAUCGACGUGAAUUCAUUGAUCUUCUCAAGCGGAUGCUGACGAUGGAUCAAGAGCGUCGUAUCACGCCUGGGGAAGCGCUACAGCAUCAGUUCGUGACGCUGUCUCAUCUUGUCGAUUAUGCCCACUGCAGCAAUGUCAAGGCUAGCGUUCAAAUGAUGGAAGUUUGUCGUCGCAGUCAUUACCAACCGCCCAAUACCUUGAGCCAGCAGGGACAUUCUUCAACUCCCGCCGGCUCCCUUGUGGCUAAUUUCGUGCCGGGUACUAAUGGCAAUGUCACAUUGACCUUCAACAGCCAGUUCGCUGCUGCAGCCGCUGCAGCAGCCGCCGUUAACCAGUAUCCUGCCGCUCUUUACAAUGGGCGCAAUGCCGUUGCGGCUGCAGCGGCGGCACGCCAGUAUGCUGCAGCAGGCGCUGCUGUUCGAGCGGAGACUUUUCAGCACCAAUUCGUCUCUUCGCUAUUAUGUCCGCCAUCCUAUCAGAGUUUGACGUCGCCAUCGAAGCCAGUUGCGGUAGUAGCGCAACAGCCGCCUCAACUGCAGCUUCACCAGUCCUCACUCGCCCAGCAGCAAUAUGUUCCCGUUUCCAUGGUGGAACAGUCUGGCCGUCAAGUGCUGUUAGCGACCCAAGGACCUGGUUGUUGGCCUGGCAAUCGUCAAAUGACGUUGGUGCCUUCUUGGCAGCAAUUAGCGCCAAACCACCAGCACUCCGCCACGCUGCAACAGCAGCCAGCAGCUGCCCUUCUGCAGGCCGCUGACGCUUCAGAUUGGAGCCGUCAUUUGCUGGUAGAUCAAUCUGGAGGAGUCCAUCAGGAUCAACGUUCCAUUUUCCCCGUUGAUCUGCCGGAUGUUUAUGAUACAGUUAGUCAACGAUCGGUUCAUCAAGGACACAUGAUGGACAAAAAAGAUUCUGUUCAGUUGAGUCCAGUCAAGAAACGAGUCAAAGAAAGCUCACCGCCGCAGCAGCAGCAACAGCAACAAAGCGAGCAAUACCGUAGAAGGAAUUCGCCCGCUCAGCAUUGGCAACAUCCUCAACAUGCGCAGCAGCAUUAUAAUAACGGCCGAAAUCACAGACAGCCAACGAUUACCAUAGAAGACACGCCUUCGCCUGCUGUGUCUGUCAUUACCAUUUCGGACUCUGAUGACGAAGGGACGGCCUCCCAGAAAACGGCCAUGCGAUCCAAAGCAACUGGACAACACCAGCAACAACAACAUCGUGUCCGCCCGGUUGUUAGCUGCGUCACUGUACCAGAUAGUGAUGAAGAGCAUCGAAGCCCGGCCAAAGGCCAUUACCCCAGGCAACAGCAUUACAACAAUGCAAACGCCAACAGCUACGUGGUACGUGAGAUCAAACAUGAGCCGGUCACUGGUGUCGUCCUCGUACAAUGGAAACGGAGCCAGCCUUUCGCAAAAAAAGCGGUUGCUGGCCAAAGCGCAGACUGAGUGUGGCGGAAUGACUGAUAAGCCGAAACAA